AUGGCACCAGAAGCACCCGAAAUCGUGGACCACAGAAUCGUUGGUGAUGAAAUCGCUCGUGACAACACCGAAAAGUUCAUUCACUUCUGUCUCGAUUCCAUGAGGACUAUGCGCAGAUACCUUCAAAAUAACGAAGCUCCGGAUACUGACCGGGCUUUUGUCUUGAUUCAGCCCUGCGGUAGAGCUAUCCUGGAUCUCUUGGAAAACCUAGCCAACUGGUUAUUGGUUCAAACGGAUCCGACAGAUGAAUUCAUCCUCGGACGAGCGAACGAUUUGAUUGAGAUGGCACAAGAGAGACUUUACAUGUACCCUUAUCAGAAUGUCCCCGCUUGUUGGACCGCGCUUUUCCGCGCUGCAAGUCUUGUGAAAGUUACGGCUUUGGCCCUCAGGGAUAGUUGGGGCAAGAUUGCGGAGAAGGAUGGGGUCUCAAUCACUACAGGGAAAAUCACCCCAUUUUCAGAUGAUAUUAUUGAUAGGAUGGUAGAAGCACUUGAUACGUCAACAAUUACUGCUGGUCCUACUCCGGAUGUAGAGGGGCGGAUACGCAUGAUGCAUUUCUUCGAUUUGCUGGAGAACCUCAAUAAUGCACUAGAAUGCGCGAAAGGCCGUGAAAGUUUGGACAUAUACUAUUCUUACAUCAAGUUUCCAAAAUCCAAGGCCUUCGUCCCUCCAGUUAAAUAUCCCCCAAUGCAAAGGCUUUUUAGCAACUUCUCACCUCAGGAUUUCCAACGGCACAUGCUACAUCCAACGGUCGGGUCUGUUGGCCCGGAACCGUUGAUUAUACGGAAUGCUAUUGACGAUUGGCCAGCCAUGUCAACUCGACCAUGGAGCAGGCCAUCAUAUCUGUUGGCUAAAACCAUACAUGGUCGUCGACUUGUUCCUAUCGAACUUGGUCGAAGUUACGUUGACUCUGACUGGGGUCAGAAGAUUAUUACGUUCAAGAAGUUCUUAGAUGAUUACAUGAUGAAGGAAGAAAAUGAUGUUCAAGGGCAAACCGGAUACCUUGCUCAGUAUGCAUUAUUCCGUCAGAUUCCUGGAUUAAAAGAAGACAUCAAGAUUCCGGAAUAUUGCCAUGUGGAGACAUCAGAGCCUCACGACACAUCGCCGUUGGCCGAAGAUCAUAGACAGAUACCAAUUCUGAAGAACCCAAUCAUAAAUGCCUGGUUUGGUCCUUCGGGUACUAUCAGUCCAUUACACGUGGAUCCUCACCACAAUAUUCUUGCCCAAGUCGUAGGCAGAAAAUACGUCCGACUUUACGCUCCAAAGUACUCUCACAUGUUAUACCCGAGAGGUGUCAAUGAGAACGGAAUCAACAUGAACAACAAUAGUCAGGUCGAAGUGGAAAUCAUUGAAGGAUGGGAUUGCGGAGCGGACCGGCAGGAACGUGCUCAGAAGGAGUUUCCCAAAUUCUCAAAGGCACGAUACUUCGACUAUAUCCUCGAAGAAGGCGAAUGCCUUUACAUUCCCGUCGGUUGGUGGCACUAUGUUAGAAGCCUGAGUCCAAGCUUCAGUGUCAACUUUUGGUUCAACAGAGACGAACCUCUAGAACCAGAUCCGGAUGUUGAGGGAUCAAAGGACGACGUGACGCCAUCCGAUAUGGAAGUCGCUGGAUCGGAUUUUCAGUCGACGACACCCGUUACGCAAUUUCUUGACCAUGGAGCAUUCGUGAUCUCGUGGACAGAUGCAUGA